UCAGCAGCAGCUCGGAGUGAGGUCACUGGGUCAGCUGAGGAAACCAGCUGGAUCAACAUGAGCACGUUCUCAGGAUUCAACCUUGAGGAGAUGGUUAACAUGACACCACUGAAAACAGGUCAAGAACCCCAGGAGCCCAGAGUUGAACAGCUGAUGAGCAAACUGAGGUGGCUCCUUCAAGGUAAACGAGCCCUGGAAGAAGAAAUCAACGAGGUGAAAUCAGUCUGUGACUCUCUGCAGAAAGAACUGGCCACUUUGCAAACUGAAGCUUACCAACUGGAGGGAAUCCAUAAAGAAAAAGAAGGUACAGAGUUGUGCAGGAAGCUGCAGUUCCAGUGUGAGGAGUCUGAGCAGGACUCUGCCAGACAGUUAAAUCAGAACCAGCAAAGUGAGGAACUGCUGGAACAGUACAGAUGUGAAAUCCAGGAAUACAAACUCAAACUGCGGAAGCAGCGGAUGAAGUUUGAGAAGCAACUUCAUCAGCUGAUAGAGCAGCAUAAGAAUCUGCACUCCAUCUUUACUCCAGAAAGGCUCCCUGAUGAAAUACAAACUAUCGAGAGCACAAAGAGUCAACUGAUAUCAGCUGAGCAGCUGAAGUUGGCUCAGCUGUUCCGCCUCGAUGAGGAGCUCGACAAUGUGAGGAAACAAAAGCAGUUGGGAGCAACAGCUGCAGAGGCUGCGGAGCAGUAAAACUACAUGUGCAGUGGUGGAUUUAGUGAAUCAGAGGUAGUAGUGACCCACCAGAAUCUUAAGGAUUUAUACCACUGACCUCAAAUUAAAAUGUUUGCCUACUUAAUUCUAUUUAUUCCUGUGUUGUUAGCUAUUUUAUCAGAGUAGUUACUGCUUUUAUAUUAACAGUUCUUCAAAGCAUGUGCUUAUUUUUUGAUGAGAAUGUAACGUGUAAUACUUUAACUUCUGUGACCAGCGAGUAGUUUUUUCAGAUAGAUAGAUGCCAGUAGUUGUAUCCUGGUUGCUACAAUGUUCAUUUUACUUUUAAUAUUGUGAAUUAAUAAUAUAUUA